UCGGACAGGGUAAGUAGCAGGAAGUGAUGUCAUCACUGUUCAACACUUGCCUGCUGACUUGACUACACAAUGACUAAUUAUUAAUCUCGCACGCACAAGACGGCAUCGGCUGUGACUACCCUCGCUCGGACUGGAAGAACUGGAACAACAUGUCUACUACGCUUCCCCAAGCCAGCAGCUCCGCCGUCCCCACGGCAACGUCUCCCAGUCUAAUUGGCUUGGAGGCUGCGGACAUAGCCGUGGUGGUGAUCUACCUACUUCUGGUCAUGGCCGUCGCUAUCUGGGCAUCAGUGAGGGCCAACGGCACCACGGUGGGGGGUUACUUCCUGGCAGGGCGCUCCAUGACCUGGUGGCCCGUCGGAACCUCUCUGAUGUCCAGUAACAUCGGAAGCUCGUCGUUUAUCAUGCUAGGGGGGACGGCGGCGGCAGGAGGCAUCGCUGUGUCUAGCUUUGAGUUGAACGCGACAUGCUCCGUGGUGGCUCUGGGAUGGGUCUUCAUCCCGGUCUACAUUGCAGCCGGGGUGGUGACCUUGCCGGAAUACCUGGCCAAGCGCUUUGGAGGACGCCGGAUACAAAUCUACAUGUCGGUCCUCUCCCUGUUUCUCUACAUCUUCACCAAAAUAUCUACUGAGCUCUUCUCAGGAGCGUUGUUCAUCAAAGUUUCCCUCGGUUGGGAUCUCUACUGGUCCACAGGAGUCUUGUUGUUGAUCACUGCGGUGUACACUGUGGCAGGAGGUUUGUCAGCAGUUAUCUACACUGAUGCAAUCCAGACGGUGAUCAUGGUGGGAGGAGCCUUCGCGCUGAUGUUCAUUGCCUUAUCCAAAGUCGGAUGGUACGAGGGUCUGAUGGAACGGUACAUGGCUGCCGUUCCCAUGGCAACAGUGGCCAACACCACAUGUCACCUCCCUCGCAGUGACGCCUUUCACAUAUUUCGAGAGCCGCUGUCAAGUGACAUGCCGUGGCCUGGCCUCAUCUUUGGCCUCGGUAUUAUUGGCAUCUGGUAUUGGUGCACUGACCAGGUAAUAGUUCAGAGGUCGCUGGCAGCGAAGUCGUUGUCACACGCCAAAGGAGCCAGCGUGUUGGCAGGUUACCUCAAAAUCUUACCAAUAUUUUUCAUCAUCAUACCAGGCAUGAUCAGCCGAGCGCUGUUUCCAGAUGAGGUGGCCUGCGUGGAUCCAGCAGUGUGUCAGAGAGUGUGUGGAGCUUCACUUGGCUGCUCCAACAUCGCCUACCCUAAACUGGUAGUGGAGCUCAUGCCUCUUGGUCUCCGUGGACUGAUGCUGGCUGUGAUGUUCGCCGGUCUGCUGUCUUCUCUGUCGUCCGUCUUCAACAGCAGCUCCACCGUCCUCACCUUGGACCUGUACCACAAAGUCCGGCCCGCCGCCUCCGAGAUGGAGCUCAUGAUUGUUGGCAGAGUGUUCACCCUGGUGCUGGUGUGUGUUAGCAUCUUGUGGAUUCCUGUCAUCCAAUCAGCCAGCAGCGGGAAACUCUUCGACUACUCCCAAUCAGUGAUCAGCUUUUUGUGUCCGCCUAUUGGUGGUGUGUUCCUACUGGCCAUCUUCUGGCCACGUGCCAAUGAGCAAGGUGCAUUCUGGGGCCUGAUGGUGGGGCUGGCGGUGGGAUUGAUCCGGAUGGUUCUGGAGUUCACCUACGAGGUGUUGCCUUGCGGUGAGCCGGACCACCGUCCCGCCAUCGUGGCCAAGGUCCACUUCCUUUACUUCGCCACCCUCCUCCUGGGGCUCACCUGCCUGAUUGUAGUGGUGGUCAGCCUGGCCACGCCCCCGAUACCUGCACAGCACCUGCACAGGUUGACUUGGUGGUCCCGGCACAGCAAGCAGCCUCGCGUCGAUCUGGCCAGGACCUUCGUGACCUCCGAGCCCGCCCGCCCUUCUGCGCGCCCACCGGUCUCCUGGUGCCGAAGGAUAGUUCUGCAGCUCUGCGGUCUGACUGGGUCCGAUUCGGCUCCUCCUGCGGCUGAAGGCGCUAAGAUGAACUCCCUGAAGGAGGCGCCGCUGUGGAGGAACGUCUGCAACGUGAACGCCUUGCUGCUGCUCGCCGUUACCGUUUUUCUGUGGGGGUACUUUGCCUAACUCAGCAGUCCCUCCGAGUCUUGUUACCCGGUUCCUUGUGCACACUUCCAAAUGUGUUCUAUUACCUCUUUUACAGUUUACCUACUGAAACUUCACAUUUACUAUUACCGUAUUUUCCAGACCACAUUUUAAGGAUCACUGCGGGUCUAGUCAGGUCUAUUUCCAUACAAAAGGCAUACCGGACUAUAAGGCGCAUUAAAGGAGUCAUAAUAUUAUGAUUAUUUUCUAAAAGUAAAA